AUGACGAAUUUGAACAAAUUUACGUUUAGUAUUCAAACACUUGUCUGUAGAUAUACAACUAAAAUAAAUGUUUCAUCGAAUAAAGAUAUUCAACGCAGUGGCAUCGGAAGAGGAUAUCAACAAGUUAGUUCAUAUGUCAAUAUUCAUUUAAGUAUGUUCAAAGCAAAAUGUCAUAUCUAUUCACUUCCAUGUCAAUUUGAAUAUUUACCUGACCUUAUAUUUCCAGAUUUACUUUUUCUUGAAAUCUUACACAUACGUAAUGAUAAACAACAAAAAGACAAGCAUUAUUCAUCUACGACAUUGAUUACAUUUCAUCUUACACUUCUUGAUCCGAAAUUCACAAAUGUAGAUUAUGCUAAACAAUUUCUCUUCGAAAAAAUUACUCAUCUACCUCGUUUAUUAAAUGUAUGA